GAAAUAAACGUUUCUUUCAAUGACGAUGAAACGCUUUAAAUUGAUCACGUGUGUCCACAAGUUCCAGUCCUUAGCUGAGAUCCAAUUUCACGAUAUGCGCUGUCACUUGUCAACGCAACCUUUUCUAUAGUGGAUGUUCUUUACUGCGAAACGAAUGUAAGUUAGAAUAUAUGUCCUGCUCACUAUUGAAAUUAAGUUGAUAACGAAGGUUUAGAAGCAAAACAGUCUAGCGUAGCCGACCACACACUCCUCUAAAACGUGACUUUUCUGUGGGCGACUGUUGCAACAACCAAAUAUUGAUUUCAAGCCCCGGAAUAUAGGCAAAUUUCCCGGAUAUCAAAGCUGUUUGAUGAAUGUUAAUCACUUGUUGCGCAUGGAAUCUAACAAUAACACUUUGCCCAGGUGAGGUUGGAUCUGGGCUGCUACUUUGGACACAAAGAUGUUGUGGAGGAGCUACUCAAGGAAGUAGUUAUUUUUCUGUUACGAUACCUGUGCCACUAUCAUCUACGGGACAGCCCAGGUCCCUAAAUCUGUCUACGAGGAUAAUGAGAUCAUUGCCAUGCACGAGGCUGCAGAGAUCAGAGAGGAGAAGAGGAAGGAAGCGAAGCUUCUGGGGGUGGACAGAGAGGGAGACAUCUUCAGCCUGUCUCAGCUGGUCAGCAUCUGAUCAUCCCUGGCCCUCCACUGAACCUCUCAACCUCAAGCUCUGCAAGAUGAGGCCUCCAGACAUCCACUGUAGAGACCUGCCUACAGGGGGCAGAAGCAGUGUGUGAGAAAGAUGCUCAAGUCUGGAGCCAGCCCCAGCAUCAAGAAUGAGCAACCAAACCGUUUUUGACCUGGCCUGCAGUGAGGAGAUUAAGCAGAUUCUGGUGGGCAGUCAUGACAAGAGAUGCUUGGAUGCCCUGGAGGAGCAUGUGGCCAACAGCAGCUGUCACUACCCAGGAGCAGACAGAUGAGGAGGGGGAUGAAGAUAGAUCUUGGCGACCUCACAGACUCCCUCCAGGUCAGAUGAAGUCAACACCAGCGGAUCCCAAAUAUUUCCGUUCUGGAGACCACCAAAUCACUAUCAAAAGCUCUUGAUCUAAAAUGAAUAAACACUAAAACAUUUUGCAGACCAUCUGCACAGCGGACCACAGGUUGAAACCACUAGUCUACACGCACACACCCAGACCGGAACACAAACCAACACAGAUUCCAACUUUUUCAGGGCUAGCCAAUCACAGAGUUCCAUUGUUACCUUAUAUAUUCUACUCCAGAAAAGUGACAGUUGGUUUCAGUUAGCCCUGCUAAGCUAGCCCAGGCCCAUUCAGUCGUAUUGAUGCUUACACAAUUGUUUACAAGUGGGCUGUGUUCUUAUUGGCUCAUGCAUUCAUGGUGAAUGGGUUAUAGAAGCCCCUCCCCCUGCUGUGACUGGCCAGUAGCUGUGUGACAAGGGAGGGUUAGUAAACUGAGGGGCUGAUGGCUGUGUAUGUGUAGAAGGGAGGGUUUGUUUGUGUGUGUGCGCACCUGUCCUCGCGGCCGUGCCCUUGGGACAUCAGUAGAACAGAGUGGUAAUCACUAGCAAGCCUGUAGCAAGGACACAGCCGAGCAAGAUCCGCUUUUAUGCUGAGCUCUGCACUCUGCUUGCAGAUCAGUGCAGGCACACACACUCACACACGCUCUUGCUUAAGGGAAACGCUAGGCAUUCGGAGACGGAACUGUUGCACGUGCAUAUUAACACUCAAGCAGAGACACAUGCUUUCACACUCGCACGCACGUACGUACGUUCACAGAGGCAGGCACAAUUCUACCACCCAGCAGAGCAUCCCGAGGACAGGAGGAGGAAAAGUGACAGCAGCACCCUCUAUCCACUCAGUUGGAACAGGAAGUAGAGAAGAACAAGCUGUCAGAGGCUCUCCAGACGUUAGCUACAGAGCACCAGGAAGUAGACCAACAGUCCCUCUGUAAAGCCACACUAUACACACUCACAGAGGAUGACUGCUAUGAUGCCCUGUCAGCAGUAGAGUGAGGUCUAGGUGAGAGGCGGAGCCAGAGUACUGUACGAACCACAGCAGACACAGCACCCGGAGGAAGCAGAGCAUUUAUGUGGCUUCUCAUUGGAACACUAUCCCACAGAUUCCGAGAACAAGCGUUCUCUCUCUCUGAACGGCUUCCUGUUUGUGGUCAGACACUCGAUUGAAGAGGAGGAAGAGGAAGAGGGGAGAGAGCCCCCUCUGUUCAGCAGCAGCCUCCAUUGCGGUACCACCCUCAGGGAACGGCCACCGCCAGCGGAAUGUCCGGGGAGGGUAACCAUGGUAACCCAAAGGCCCAGUGCAAUGGAGUAAAGAAGCACAGAACGUCUUUACCAGCGCCCAUGUUCUCCAGGAAUGAUGUCAGCAUCUGGAGCAUCCUGAAGAAAUGCAUUGGCAUGGAGCUGUCUAAGAUAGCAAUGCCGGUGAUCUUAAACGAGCCCCUUAGUUUCCUGCAGCGGCUCACAGAGUACAUGGAGCACACGUACCUCAUCCACCAAGCGAACACCACCACAGAUUCCAUGGAGAGGAUGAAGUGUGUUGCAGCGUUUGCUGUGUCUGCUGUAGCUUCACAGUGGGAGAGGACGGGAAAACCCUUCAACCCACUACUGGGAGAAACCUAUGAGCUCAUCAGAGAGGACCUAGGGUUCAGGUGGAUGUCAGAGCAGGUUAGCCACCACCCCCCCGUCAGCGCCUUCCAUGCUGAGGGCCUGCAGGAGGACUUCCUGUUCCACGGCUCCAUUUACCCCAAACUCAAGUUCUGGGGCAAGAGUGUGGAGGCGGAGCCUAAAGGCAUCAUCAGCCUGGAGCUACCCAAAUACAACGAAGCGUACACCUGGACAAACCCCACCUGUUGUGUCCACAACAUCAUCGUGGGCCAGUUGUGGAUCGAGCAGUACGGCAAUGUGGAGGUGAUCAACCACAAGACCGGAGAGAGAUGCAGCCUGAUAUUCAAACCAUGUGGCCUCUUUGGCAAAGAGCUGCACAAAGUGGAGGGCUACAUUCUAGAUAAAAGCAAAAAGAAGCUCUGUGCCAUCUACGGUAAAUGGACCGAGUGCUUAUACACUGUGGACGCUGACACUUUUGAUGCUCAUAAGAAAUCUGACAAGAAGAACUCAGAGGAGAAGAAAAGCAACAUGCAGACUAGUGUAGACGAGGAGCCAGAGGAGAUGCCCCUGCCUGACGGAGACACGGUCCAGGUCAUCCCAGGAAGUGAGCUGAUCUGGAGGAUAGCCCCCCGACCAGACAACUCUGCAGAGUUCUAUGCUUUCUCCACAUUUGCCAUGCAGCUGAAUGAGCUGGAGGAAGGCAUGAAGGGUGUCCUACCCCCCACAGACUGUCGACUCAGGCCUGACAUCAGACACAUGGAAAAAGGAGACAUAGACUCGGCAAGUGCAGAGAAGAAGAGGGUAGAGGAGAAACAAAGACUGUCCCGGAAAAAUCGCUCCAAAUCAACCGAGGAAUGGAAAACAAGGUGGUUCCACCAGGGCACCAACCCCCACAACAAAGCUCAGGACUGGCUCUACUCCAACAGCUACUGGGACCGGAACUACUCCCUGUUGCCUGAUAUAUACUGACCUACAGGACACACACCACACACACACAUCUCUAUCUGUACACACCUCGUCUCAACUCUCUCUGCAAUUUUUUAUAUUCUGACACUGGAGCUUUGGCAUUUUUCUCAGGGGGUUCAUUGAAGGGGGAGAAAGUUAAUCCUAGUCAGGUCAUGCGGUCAGGAAAAAUGUGUUAUGAUAUAGAUGAUGUCAACAUAGGCAAGGUCAAGGGAGAGUUCUGGCUUUAAUCAUUUCAAAGCCUGCUCUGAACCUGCUAUGGUCCAUUGCAUGAGUAAGGAUGAUGCUGGGAAUUGAAUGACCGUAAAGGCAACAACCAUUCAGUAGUCCCUAAACAUAUCUCCUAUGUCUCACUCAAAGCACAAUUGUGAAGCCCUCAUGAGUCAAUAAGCGAUGGUCAUUGACCAGUGUGUAUAGAAUUAUUAUAAAACUGUAGGGUGUAACCUGCCAGUCAUUUUAACAAUGGGAGUGUUUUGAAUGGAGUGGAUUGAAUGUGACACACCUCUUGAUGUGUCUCUAGUAUCUCUCACCAAAACGCUCGUGAGAAUUAUGUCCAUUUGAAUGUGUUGUGCUCAGUUCUGUUACUUACAAAUGUGUGUAGCUACAGUAUCAAUUUAAGGAAAAUAGAGCUUUCAAAUAGUGUGUGAAAUAGACUUAUUCCAAGUUCCUGCAGUCCUUGCUAUAUGCUAACAAACUAAACUGUCAUUAUAACACGCUGUAUCACAGUUGCUCGGACCUCAGCAACCAUGGCUGAGGACAUAAAUGUCUGUAAAUAUUAUUUGAUAGAGCUCUUCUAUUCUUCUGAGCUGUAAUACAAUGUAGUACUUGAGGAAUUUAGGAUACUAUGAAUAGAGGGGAAUAUCUGUACUGUACUUAGAAUUAUGGCUCCUUGCUUCCAUAACACUUGAGAACUUAGUUUGACCACUUGGCUCGAUAUGAAUAUAUUUGUAUGUGUGCAAAAGUUUCCUCGAAAGUAAAAAUGUAAAUCUGAGAGGUACUGUAACUGUUUUAACUACCCCUAACACACUGAAUGCAAAUACAGUACAAGCACAAUGUUGACUAUGCAAGCAUUAGCUGCACUACACCCACAGACACACAGUAAGCCUAUGUCCCAAAUGGCAAACUAUUUCCUACAUAGCGCACUACUUUUGACCUGAAAAGGGCGCAAUUUGGGAUACACACAGCCACUGUUCAACUCACUCAUCCACUGCAUAACAUUCCUCUCCUUGGUUGUGAAUAGCUGCUGUUGUAACCUCUGUAAAGCGGUAGUUUAGGUUUGAUUAUCAGCACAGUAGACUGGACCUAGCACACCCUGUGAAUGCAGUUUUAGCUAGAGGCUACUCUCACUUUGUGUUUAGCACAUUACAGAAUCAAGAUUGUUUCUAUUGUUGCUAAAUAAAAGCUUAAUGUUA